AUGGAGUCAGCUCCCCCGCUGGCCCCAGUAAGUCCCCCCGUUCCCCGUAACCCACCCAGGAAGAGCAGCCCAAAUACCUGUCCCUCCAAACAAACCGCCAAGUCCGCGGAACCCCAGACCAGGGACGGACAGAGCCCCAAAGACCACCAGAAGCCGGGACCAGCAGUCCACUCCCCCAGAGCCACCAAGACCCCCAAAAUCAGACCCCCAGCCCCACAGCUGGCCCGCCGCCCGGAGAGGCCACCGCUCCCCAGCAAGGACGACCUGGCCGAGAGCGCCCACUCAACAGUCGACAGAGCAAAGGGCACCCAGGGCGGGCCCCCGCUACAGCAAGGGGGCCAACCAGCCGGCCCAGCACAGCCCCCAGCCACCACCAGAGGCCACCAAACCCAUCCCCAUCCCAGAAGACACACUACACCCACCCCAACAUUCGGGCCACUAUCAAAACAUACAACACAAAGACACCAUAGGCUGGGUUGUCUCCACCCCCCCUCACUGGCCCCAUGUCACGCCCCCAGCCAACCCUACCCCCCAACCCAUGAGAACCGCAGACCACCAGUGUACCGGAGGCUCCCAGCCCAGAGCCGGGCACCAGGGCACACACCGGCCCAGGGCCCGGCAACCCGCCCACCAGAGCCACAGCCCAGGGGCGGCACGCCCCCAGAACCCCAAGCCCCCCGCGCCCACCCCGGACCCGCCUCAGCACGGCCAAGCAACCGGAAUCAUUUUUAG